GAGAGGGAAGAACGAAGGGUAACGAGCGAAACGGCGUGUCGGGCUCCAAAACUGCAGCGAAAAGGUUAAAUCUUAUCGCGUUGCUCCCAUUCGACCGGCACCCAUCCUGGAAAAACACUUUCUCCGUCGCGGCGCUACUUAAACAGGUAACUGCGGCGGGCGGCUCGCUUAGAGAGCUUGUCGUUGUCGCACGCGCAAUCCGUGUCCGCUGGGAGGCGGCACUCGGCGGCACUCGGUGCGUUCUUUAGAAACUCCCAAAGGGCAGGCCGACGGACACGCACGUAGCGUGCGGCAGGAUAAACAGGGCGACCGGGAGAACGACAAUGUGGCAGCUUCUGUCCACUCACGUGCUCUUCCAGACCUUCCAGAUGGCGCUGCCACCCAGCUUCGUGCAGGAGCUCCGCAGGCAGGCGGGGCCCUCGGCCGAGUACCCCGCGGACGCGGCGCCGUCGCUGCUCGAGGGGGAGGCGACGUACGACUUCGUGGUGGUGGGCGGGGGCUCCUCGGGGGCGGCGCUGGCGGCCCGCCUCGCCGCGCACCGCGCCGACUGGAAGGUGCUCGUCGUGGAGGCCGGCGACGACCCGCCCAUCGCGGCCGAGGUGCCCGGCCUGUGGUUCCGCCUGUGGCAGCAAGGCCUCAUCUGGUCGUACCGCUCCGAGACGCGCGAGGACGCAUUCCAGGGUCUCCGCGGCAAGGGAGCCACCAUGAUCCGGGGCCGCGCUCUGGGCGGCACCAGCACCAUCAACGGCCUGCCCUACCUGCGCGGCCACCCCAAGGACUACGACGGCUGGGGCAUCGACGGCUGGGGCUUCCAGGACGUGCUGCCCUUCUUCAAGCGGUCCGAGGACAUGCGCAUCCUGGAGAGCCUGCCGUCCGGCCUGCACGCCGAGGGCGGCGAGAUGACGAUCGAGGCCACCAAGGGCGACGCGGUGGACCCCCUGAAGGGCGUGAUCCGCGCCGCGGUGGGGGAGCUGGGCCUGGCGGAGGUGGCCGACCAGAGCGGGCCGGGCCCCGGCGUGGUGGGCUGGGGCGACGUGCCCCGCACGCAGCGGGACGGCCUGCGCUGCGGCGCGGCCAAGGCCUUCCUCAGCAAGGCGGCGCCGCACGGCUCGGCCGCCAACCUGCACGUGGCGCGGCGCACCGUCGCCACCAAGCUCCUCUUCGACGCCAAGAACCGCGUGCAGGCGGUGGAGGCCGUGGUGGGGGCGGAGCGCACGCCCGUCAAGGUGCGCGUCGCCAAAGAGGUGGUGCUGUGCGCCGGCGCCAUGGAGAGCCCCAAGCUGCUGCUGCUGUCGGGCGUAGGGCCGUGUGACGACCUGACCGCCCUGGGGCUGCCCGUGGUCCUGGACUCCCCCGUCGGCCGCGGCCUGCAGGACCACGCCAUGUUCCCCGGCAUCGUGUUCACGGUGCCGCCCGCGCCAGCGACCGCCGACCCGUUCACCGCCUUCCUCAAGGAUCGCUCCGGCCCGCUAGCCAGCAUCGGCCUCAUGGAGCUCAUGGGCUUCGCGCGCACCGAGUCCACGCGCGACUGGGACGUGCCCAGCGUGCAGUUCACCUACGUGCGCUACCCGAAGGGCAUGUACCAGAACGCCUUGUUCGCCGCCGAGGUCGAGGAGGCCUUCAAGAGCAUCAACGCCGAGUCCGACAUCAUGGUGGUCUCGCCGUUCCUGGUGCACCCGGCCAAGCCGGGACGGUUGUCUCUGCGUUCCGCGGAGCCCGCCGACCCCAUCAAGUUCGAGUCCGGGCUGCUGGCGGAGCAGCGCGACGUGGACAUCCUCGUGGAGAGCGCGCGCAUGGUGGAGCAGAUGGCGCAGACCAAGAGCUUCAAGGAGGCGGGGCUGGCGCUGCGGUACAUCCCCCUGCCGGGCGACGAGGCGCUGGGCGUGGCGCCGGGCUCCACGGCGUACUGGCAGCGCUGCGUGCGCCACCUGGCGGGCUCGGCCUUCCACCCCGUGGCCUCGUGCGCCCUGGGCGAGGUGGUGGACGCCAGGCUGCGGGUGCGCGGCCUGGCCGGCGUCAGGGUGGCGGACGCCUCGGUGCUGCCCGGGCCCGUCAGCGCCAACCCCAACGCCCCCGCCAUCAUGGUGGGCGAGCGCGCCGCCCAGUUCGUCAUCGAGGACCACGACAGUGUCACAAAGGCUGAUUAGGGGCUUCUGACGCGGAGCCCCGAGCCCCUGACUGAAUGCACUUGGCAGAAAACUUUGCCCGUUUGUUUUGCCGAGUAUUAUCCUGCCAUAUUAUUGUAAUCCCUGGUAAAAAUGAAGUGUCGAGGAAGUGUCCCUUUUUAAGUGCGCAUGGAGUGUUGAUGAAGUGUCAAUGAAGUGUUGGUGAAGCUUCCAAGAAGUGUAAAAUGGAACCGUGAAGUGUUCACUCUGAAGUGUCCUGAAAGAGUCGAAGAAAUGUUCACUAAGGCUGGGGUUAAGUGUCAGGGAAGUGGCCCCGAAGUGCUCAUAGGGUGUAGACGAAGUGUCCUCAAACGUAAUGUGAUCGUAGGUACCCUGUACGCUUCACGUAUGAGAUAGGCGGAAUUUGACAGUAUGUGGGUGAUCAAAUGACGCAACGCAGGAAAGGCGACCCUUGAGAGGACUUUGGGUCAGCCCGCGGACGACGCGGGUAGUUAGUAAUAUGCCGCGGACCGUUGUCACACCAUCCCGCUUGUGCAAAUGGUGACACCGGGGUAGCCGACCAACCGCUCAGUCUAGCGGAGUAAACCCCGCGAGCGGCCGUCCUAGCAGCGCUUGCAGCGCCAUCUCGUGAAAGCAGAACAACCACCAAUUGGAACCGAUCAGGCGUUGUCUGCCAACCGUUUCGCGUUGGCCCGACCCACGUCAUGACGAACUGCUAGCGCAGUGGUGAGCGCAGUUGCGCCGGUGACUCUGAAGCGCGGGUUCGGUACCCGUCCUAUUCCACUUAUUUUUCAGAGGUUUCGAGGUUCAAGUCGAUACGCAUGCCCGUUGCUCUGGUAGCAAGUUGUUUGGAACACCUCGUAAACAUGUCACUUUCUUUUCGAACUGGAAUGAAGUGAACACUUGAGCGACACUUUAAGGACACUUCAUGCCAACUUUGGUUGGCACUUCGGAGGACCUACGCUGACCCUUUGCUAACACUCACCCCUUCGACACUUCGUGAACAGUUCAUAAAGUGUUGGUGAAGAGCAGCCGAAGAGUCAGUGGUCGAAGUGUCUGGGAAGAGUCUGGCAAGGAUCCACAAAGGGGAUGUGAACACUUUAAAGUUCCAUUUUGCACUUUAUCCCACUUCGUCAACACUUCGUUCCAACACUUCAUUUUUAUCAGGGAUGUACGUUCAUGGUUUUUGUUUCGAUUUGUACUGAUACUUCUUUUCGUGGGAAAGCGUGAAUCAAUGGAAGAUUCAUCCCCACCGACGCUGUCGAAAAAGCGCGAAGGGUUUGCUCUGCGCGAGACGAACUGACGACUAAUUUGAGUCUGACGAAUAAAGACAUUUGCAUAAGUA